AUGGUCAUUUGGUUCUUUGAAAACAAUCAUUUCGCCAACGCGUGGAUACCCUUUGAUAGAUCAAACCAAAAGAAGCUGGAAUACGUAUAUCGGCACCAUGAGGAGAUUAUUCAAUUAUGGAAUCAAAAGCAGAACGAUACCAUCUCUCCACUGACAGCAGACACACUUAUAGACUCGGAUGAGGAAGACGACUCGAUUCAUCCAGAAAUCCAAUAUGAUCACAACUGCAUAUACAUCAACUUGAAGGAUUCGCAUUUCGAACAUACCAUCACACUGUACCCAACCAUGCUUUUAGGUUCUUUACCUGAUAGAGACAUAUUAAUCAUUAGAGCAGAAAUGAUGGAUCAUAAAAACAAUAAAUAUUUAUUGGAGUGA